CUACCCCACACAUCUCAGACCGUGCCACGGUACAGCACACUGCGUGGCUAGGAUUUCUUACAGGUUAUGAGCCCAAGAGAAAUGCCCGCAGGAGCUGUGCCGCAUGGCACGAAGUCUCUUGGCUUGAUGAAGACGUUGCGUUGCCCGCACAAGACGUGCGCCGAGCCCCUCGUCCACAAGCCCGUCCCCGACGAGCGCCUGCCCCGGACGCGCCGCCCAAGUUGCGUGCGCGAAGACACGGGUGCAGCCCCGGGUGACUGUUUAGUCGACCGCUCCAGACCACUGCAGCGCGUCCUAUUGGGCAACUCCACGCAGAGCCCCACGCUUGGCUUGCCAGAUCAAGCCAGCACCCAACGAAGCGAGGCCGUCGCUACUGACUGCAGCCCGCUGACGAUUGGGCCCCUCUCUCUUGAGUUUUCGAAGUCGACCGCUGGUCGAGCGCGUCCGACGUCUACGACCGGGCGCCUCCCUCAAGACCCUUCAACCAAGAGCAAGACCAAGACUCUGACGCUAGUGAAGAAGCUCACGCUCUCGCCCCGCGAGGAGUCCCAGGUCAACGCCGCAGCCGCGAGAGUCACUGACCUCAACAAGCUGCGCGUACAUACGAUCGAGGUCGACACCGCCUCACCUCGACACGACCACCCGCGCAAGUACAGCGCGUACCUUUUCUCGAGUCCUCAGGGUGGCUACGGUGUCAUGGCCUGCAAUCAGUCGCCGAACCUCGAGAGCUUUCGCCUGGACAAGUUUACCGGCGAGGCAAUGUACCCCGGUCUCGGUUCACUUUUCGCCGACUACAUGGUCCGGUUUAACACUGCAGUGCGCAGCGACGAGUUCUUCCACUGCACGACCUGGACGGACGAGCACAAGUACCAAGCACUCAAGAUGUGUCUCGGCCCCGAGCCCGCCGAUUGGGUGCGCGCGAACGAGGCCGCGUGGAUGGCCGCUACCCCGAACUACGGCUACCGCGACCUCGCCCUCCGCAUCACCGAGCACUACGCGCCGAAGCUCGAGGACGACCAAGUUUUGGCCCUCAUGCGCAAGGCCAAGCGCUACGGCGAUACGUGGGCCUUGCACGCUCAUUACAUGCGCUACCUUCAGCGUAUCGCGCGCAUUCCGAGCAGCACCGUCCUCGACAUCUUUUGCAGCUACGCGUGCCCCGAGCACACGACGUUGCUCGCUGGCCACAUUGACGAACGCCGGCGCAACGAUCCCGCCAUGCUGGACGAGCUCGUGCAGCACCUUGUCGCCGUUACGGGAUCAGGUUUCGCUUACGGCCUCCGACCGAAGCGCCAGCCGCGCAACGAGCGCCGCCACGACGCGCCACGAGAUUCUGCCGUACGCCAGGACGACGAGCGUGAGUAUGCCGUACGCCAUGACGCAGCGCGCGAGGACGACGCGUCCAACGGCGUUGCGAGACUGUGCGCACAACGCGAGCGCGACGUAGGCAAGGACGACGCGCACCCUCGAGUCCGACGCCAUGGUGAUCCGCGCGAAGAAGACCCGCGCGACGACGCCAAGUGUCAGGACGACGACAAGUGCGACGCCCAGUGCCGCCACAUUCCGCCCAAGUUAGACUAUGCGCGCCCGCACGCCAAGCGCUGCGACGAGCGCUGCGCCAAGCGGGAAGACGAGCGGUGGGACCAUGAGCAUUGCCACGUCAACUGCGUGCGCAUUCAUGCUGUCCAACCCGUCGAGGACGACGAGUGUCACGACGGCCAAUGUCGCGACGAUGACCGCCAGGUUGAACAGCGCGAUGACGAUGAUCCGCACCAGGACAACCAAGCCGGCGACGACGACCAGCGCGAUGACGAUGAUCCGCGCCAGGACGACCAAGAUCUGGAAGACAACACGCGCGAUGACGCGACGUGCCAGGAUGACGCCAAGCACGGCAACAAGUGCCGCAACGAUUCGAUCGAACAGGACGACGCGCGCCAGCACGAAGAGCGGCGCGACAAGCGGCGGUACCACAAGGACGACUGCAUGACCAGCCACGCCGUCCAGCCCGCCGAGGACGACGAGUGUCGCGAUAGCCAAGGCCGCGACCAUGAGCGCUAG